AUGAAUAAAUCGCCGUCUCGUAAACAUAAUGUGUCGUACGUGCUAAUUAUUUCAGCGUUAUUUGUCUUUAAUAACAACAAUCUGUAUAAAUAAUACAUCUUUUGCGUUAUGCCACGACAUCGAAGGAACGAUGCUAUAGCGAAUGUGUUUCUACGCGCGAUUUCGCGGCGCCGUCACGUCGUCGCCGCGGAUCCCGGGAUACACAAUUCCGAUAUAUAAAUACACGCGAAUAUAUCUGCGUGUGCGUUAUACCUUUUAUUUGUAAGAAUGAUAAUAUACUUUUUGGCACUUACUAAUAAUUAAUCGAAACCUAGUGAGGGAGGGGACGGGGGUGUGAGGGAUGAGGGAGGGAUUUUUUAUUUAUUUAUUAAACAUUAGACGAAUGCGUUAGGCUCGAUUUUUCGCGAGAGAGAGAUCCCUCGGCACAAUUCCUUUCUCUCCUCCGUUAUUUUCCCCCGAACUCCGCCUUAAGAUCGUUUCCGAAGUGAAUCUACAUUAGGUAUGUAAGGAGAGCCGAUCUCUUUCUCGCUAGAGAAUGUCCGGGAUAGUUCAGUACGUGGUGAUGCGGGGAGAUCUUGCGAGGACGAUGGGAUGGCCGUUGGGCGCCGUGAUCGCCCAAGCGUGUCACGCGUGCACCGCUGUUGUCCAUCUCUCUUACAAUGACGCCCACACGCAGGCCUACCUCGCGGAUUUAGACAACAUGCACAAGGUGGUCCUCGAAGCUGCCGAUGAAGCCGGUCUGCAGACAUUGUGCGCAAAACUGAAGGAGGACAACAUUCAGCACAAGCUAUGGAUAGAACAGCCCGAGAACAUCGCGACGUGUCUGGUAACGAAGCCCUACCCCAAGGACAAGGUGCAGUCGUAUUUUAAAAAGUACAAAUUACUCAAAAUGUGACGGAUGUAAAUGGCAAUAAAUACCGCAUUACGAUAAGGA